AGUACAUCAUUAUCAUUCAGGCAUGCUGUUUGUCAGUUCUAUAAAAAGGCGAUUGACUUCAUCUCUUACCAAUUCACUCCAUUCAACUGAACUUCAGUCUGGCUGUAGGUUCCACACUCAUCUUGUUCUAGUCAGUUCACACCUGGUGUCUGCAGAUCAGAAGGACCCGCACAGCUGUUUGAUUGGAGCAACAAGAGAAAGGUGCGAGGGUAGACCCUGGGUACACUUGACGUCCACCACAACUUGCUGCUUGAAGCAGAUUCCGUCUACAAUGGCUGACGAUGCGAUUAAUACUGCCGCAGCCAAGUUCAACAGGGACGCCAUCAUGAAAGAGCUCAACGACAAGGGUUACUCCGUCAUUCCCGACGUUUUGACGUCAGAAGAAUGUGACGUGUACAUUGGGAAGUACCGCGAUUGGCUGGCGACCUUUGGCGCAGACGAGGCUCCUGACCAACUAGAUUCCAUCAUCCGAUCUUAUCGCGUUGGUCAUCUUGAGCAAACUUGGGAGGUGCGCCUGAAAGCAAAGAGUGUCUUCCAGACCAUCUGGCAGACGGACAAGCUGUUGUCCAGUGUUGACGCCAUUGCCAUCGCCGAGCCUCCAGAAAAGAAGUCGCAGGCGUUCAACACUCCGAACACAAACUGGUUUCACUUGGACCAGAGCGCCAUACGAGUGGGUCUCCAUGGCUACCAGGGGGCUGUGUACCUGGAGGAAACCUCUGAGACUGAUUACUGCUUCAGAGUUCUUGUGGGAUCUCAUAAGCAGUAUGAGAGUUUCUAUGACCGAGAUGAGGCAGUGGCCAAGAAAAGCGAUGAACUUGGCUACUACAGACUUAAUAACAACGAUAUGGCGUGGUACCAACAGCAUGACUGCUACCCUCGUAAAGUACCCGUCCCUAAGGGCGGCAUUGUCGUCUGGGAUUCAAGACUUGUACAUGACAACUGCAGGCCAGAAGAGGGCCGCCCCAACAAGGACAGGUGGCGCUUCGUCGUCUUCGUGUGCAUGACGCCGGCCCGAUGGGCGAGGAAGAAGGACAUGCAACUGAAGCGCGAGGCCUACGAGAAGCUACUGAUGACAUGGCAUUGGCCAAGCCAGGGCAUCACUUUUAAAGAAGAGCGCCACUUGUACCUUGAGGAGGAGCACCGCAUUGAAAAACUACCCGAGGUCGCGAGGUCCCACGAGGCCAAGCUACUCGCCGGUGUGGAGUAUGAUUUUGAGGAUGGGAGGCCAAACGGGCCUGACUGGGAACCCCAGUGGCGUGAGCUGUAAUCACUCAAAGCCACAAGCAGCCCCACCAAUGCUUUGUCCAAACCUCUCAAAAUUUGAGAAACCGUUAAUAAAUGGACAAAGCUCUGUUAUUCUAAAUUACUCGUGUUGUAAAUGCUUUGAGUUCUCAAGCGUCACCAAGUCUUAAUGACUUUUAAAUAAUAACGAUUUCCAUAAUGUUAAAACUAGCAAUUUUUAUAUACAUGGACGUAGCCUUUCUGCUGACUUUCUGCAUUAGACAACACUGCAAACAUUCAGCGGGGUCACCCUCUUCUGUUUCUGAUAAUGGUGCACACAGAUUAUUCUUUUCAAAAGGAACAGGGUGCAAUAAUGGUGAACAUAUUAUGUCUGUUUCUUUACAGGGGCGACAUGCCUAGGAGGGGUAAAAAGUUAAAAUGUACUCAAGAAAUGGGUCAACUAUACUCGGAAGCCAUGUAUACUGUACUAAAAUUCAGAUAUUUGUGCUCUCUGGAUAAUAAGAAAAAAAUGCAUUGUCAUCUCGCUUAUUCCUCCUGAUUUGUAAAUGUUGGUGGAAAUACAUUGCAAUCACUGAU